AUGCCAUCUCUGAGUAGGAGGGCAUCAAUGGUGAGAAAGCGUUCAAAGAGUAGGAGUUCUGCUAUAGAUAGGUUUGUCACGUUGACAAAUGAACAGAAAUGUCUUAUACUACAAGCACAAUAUGAAGAUCUCAAAAACGAGAGCGAACAGGCAAGAAUUAGCUUUGAAGAAACACUUGAUCUACAAAAGGCUAUUUCUGAAGAGUUGAAAGCACGUCAAGAAGAAAUCCUGAAGAAUUAUAACCAAUUUUGCAAACUAGUGGAAAAAAAAAACUCAUCUAAGGGUAUUCAGAUUGUUCCAGCUGAGAAGGUCCUACGUUUUUCGGACGACUACUCGAAAUUUCUUGACACUCAAUCGGAUAAACUUCGUCUGAAAAAUAGUUCUAUAAAAAGUAAUUUGAAGAAAGUUGAAGAACAACUGAGGCAAAAGGAAUCUGGCGAUGUGUUAGGUGCUGUCGAUUUUGAACAGAUGAAGAUAGAUAACACUAAAUGUCUUGCAGAGAUUGAUGAAAAGAAUCAUAAUAUUCAGAAAAUGAAAAUAACUGCUGCAAGGACACUUCAGGUCUUAAAUGGAUACAAAAAAAAGUUAAGUGAAGCAUUACAAGAGGAGAAGUACAUUAAAGAAGAACAAAAGCAACGUCGAGAAAUGCAAAAGCGCGUCGAAAGUGAGACCAUCCUAGCAAAGCAGGAACUACGAUUAGAAAGAACUCUUAAUGAAAAAUUCGAGGACCAAAUCUCGUCAUAUCGUGUACCAUCUGUAAUCGAUUUUGUAAAAUUGGUUAGCGAAGAACGAGAUUUAACACGCAAACAAAAUAUAUACACUCGAAGACUAAAGAUAGCAGAAGUGGAACUACGUUGUCAAAAGAAACUCUGGCUGAAAAACCAACGGGGUAGCCUUAAUAAAGCAAUUUAA